AUGUCAAAGUCCCUCCUCGAGUCAAAGGCUAACUACGGCGACUGGCGCGACCACUUCUUCGAACAUGGCUACGCCAUCCUUAAGAACGCUAUUACUCCUGAGCGAGCUGAGUACUACAAACAGAAGCAGAUCGACUGGCUCAAGUCCUUCAACCGCGGAUUCGACCCCGACAAUGAGGACACCUGGACAUCGGAGCAUCUCCCCGUCUCCUUCAAGGGAGGUAUGUACGGGUCUUACUGCGCCCCACAUGAGCGAUUCGCUUGGGAAGCCAGACUGGAGCCUGGCGUCAUCAACCCGUUCAUUCACAUUUGGGAAACUGAGGAGCUCCUCGUGAGCUUCGACAUGUUCAACGUUACUCUCCCACGGCAGAAGGACCUCAAGUGGUCUCCGUGGCCUCAUUGCGAUCAAGAUCCUAAGCGAAAGGGGCUUCAAUGUGUCCAGGGACUGCUGAACUUCGCCCCGAACGGCGAUAAGGACGGUGGUCUAAUUCUCAUGAGCGGAUCAGCUAAGCUAUACGACCAGUUCUUCCAGGAGACUCGUGUGAUGGCUGCUCAUGAAGAUGCUCCUCCUCCCGAAGAGAACUACAGGGAUCUGUUCAUCUUCAAGGAGGAAGACGUCAAGUGGUUUGAGGACCGCGGCUGCAAGCUGAUUAAGCCGAACCUCGAGCCCGGUGACCUGGUGUUGUGGGACUCUCGCUCCAUGCACUACGCCAAGCACCCCGAGGGCACACAGAUUCGCCAUGCCCAAUAUGUCUGCUUCACCCCUGCCAAGUUCGCCGACCCUCAGAGUAUCAAGGAGAAGGCCGAUAUCUUCAGAGCGUGGGGAGGAACCACUCACUGGCCUCACACGAACAUUCAUCCCCAGGGCAAGGCCAAGAGGGAUGGUGUGAUUGAUCCGCAGGAGCGUGAAGAGCCAUUAGAGAAACCGGUGAUCACGGAUAGGUUGCUGCAAUUGGCGGCAGUCAAGGCGUAUUAG